AUGGGUAGUCGUCAUCUGGAGAGAUUCUGUGGAUUCAAAGCGAGGCUGGUGGGCUUUGGUGUCAUCCUCAUCAUGAUCUUCUCGUUCUCAUGUCUGCGCCAUAAAAAAGACAACUCUGUAACGAUCAGGACAAAAAAGUUUAAUGGUAGUGAUUGUUCAGUUCCGUCUGCAGUGACUUCUCUCAGAAUUGAUGGUUCAGGAUCAUCAGGACGAAUCAAUUGGAAUCCAGCCAGUUCCUCGUGUGCAGUCAUUGAUUACUCCCUGCAGUUUCGACUGAUCAACCGUGAUCAGUGCGAUUAUCGAAGUAACGAAAACUUCGCAACUGUAGCUACGACGGCGGGUACCAGUUAUCUGCUGUCAGUAGCCGUAUCGUCACUGCACUUCUACUCCACCUAUAAUAUACGCGUGAGGGCGAGGAACUCAGCCGGUCUAGGAACCUCUAGCAACCAAGUUCAAAUCAUAACUCCCAAAGCAGCCCCUAAUGCUCCACCUGCGAAUAUUAGACCCACCGGAAUCUACUCCAAUCGUGUGAGCUUGUCGUGGGAUGAAGUGUCAUGUGGAAGCAGACGAGGUGAUAUUCCUCAAUAUAAAUACGAACUGAGACGCAUGUCAGAUGGGGAUACGGAAAUCCAAACCCUGUCAGCCAGAUCCGUAUCCUUCACAGGGUUACCAUCGUGUACCGAGUAUCAAUUUAAAGUUGCCGCGCGUGGCAGCGCCUCCACUGUACCCGGACCGUACAGUAGUUGGAUACAAGUUACAACCACAGCAGAAGCUCAUGGGCCAGUCAGUAAUGUUGAUGCAAUAGCCUUGACGGACUCCCCUUCUAUUCGAGUCACGUGGUCCCCACCGGAUACCAUCGGGAACCGCUGCCCCCUCCGCUACAUCGUCGAGUACAGAUUAACCGUCAGAGACCAGUGCCAAUCCAUCGACCAAUCCCAACCAUUAGUCGCCGCAAACCAGACGACCGUUUCCACAACGAUCACUGGUUUAGACGGAUACUCCACCUACGAAGUGUGUGUCAAGACGUGGAACAAAGAAGAAUACAGUGUGGAGCGAUGUGAUACUACAACUACACGCUCUUCUCCAGCCCCUACAGCUCCUCCAUCGCAUGCAACAUGCACCGGGAUCUUCACAAAUAGCCUGGACUUCGCCUGGGAUGAGGUACCAUGUGGUAACAGAGGCGGCCAGAUACUAGAAUACAAUUACAGAUUGGUACCUGCGUCGGGUGGUAGCUCACUUACCCAGACAAUAACUUCCAGAUCUGUAGUUAUUAACGAAAUCUCCUCCUGCACAGAGUUUAAUUUUCAAGUUCAAGCCGUAGGAACGAACGGCGAGGGGCCAUACAGCAAUGUGAUUAGUGUUACUACCGCAGCAAAAGCUCACGGACCUGUUAAUGCUCUUGGUGCAACUGCUCUCGCUAGCUCCCCAUCUAUCCAUGUAGCGUGGUCCCUGCCGGAUACCAGUCAAAACAAUAACUGCGCUUUGUACUUCAUCCUCGAGUACGAGUUAAUCUCCAGUGACCUCUGCGAUCCCAUUGCGCAUCCCAGACGCAUAUUUGCCGCUAACCAGACAUCAACAUCGACAACCAUCGCUGGUCUCCAGGCCUACUCUACCUAUAAAGUGUACGUAAGGACAUGGAACGUAGCGGGUGAUGACGGUGAGACGAGACACGUUGUCACGAACACAAACUCUGAUAAAGCACCAUCAGAAGGUCCGACAACUAUCAAAGUUACGUUGAGGAUGCGGCACAAGAUCGCAUUCACGUGGGAAGAUAUACCUUGCGGCUACAGACACGGGCAAAUUAUAACAUACCAGAUAAGGCUCAGGGUACUGCAAAGGCCAUACAAACUCGGUUUCACACCCGAUACCACUUACAAGCAAGUCACCGUACUAGCAUCCUCCAAGCUGUACAGCACAAGUGUUCUAGAACCAUCAACAAAAUACGAAUUUCUGGUAGCUGGUGUGAACAAUCAUGGAGUUGGGACGAUGGCAAAGAUCGAAGCUUUCACAUCGGUUGAAACAGAAAUGGACACCCCUCCCCCGCCAAAUACUGAUCCCUCAAAGUCAACCAAUUCUACAGUUACAAUUAAUGUGGAUCUACCACGCACAUCUCAGUACGUAACAGGCAUCCAAAUUGGCGUGAAACAAGUGCAUUCAAAUAUCGAGGCAGACACCACACCAUCUAAGAACGACUUCGUGCCGGACUAUGUAGCAGGGGAAUUGAUGAAAGAGAACCUUACUGAAACGUUCACCGUGGGUGACGGGAACACGUACGGUACAUUCUACAACCGGCCCUUACAGCCCAACACCAAGUAUGACAUUUAUCUGGGGUCAGUCAGCAGGAUUUCAGAUAUGGAGUUUGCAGUUACGUGGGGAGAUCCAGUGAGGGUGAAAGUGAGGGAUGACUAUGUUUUCCCAGUCGUUGCCGUGCUGGUUCCCGUGCUGAUUGUCAUUCUCCUGGGAGUCGCAGUCCCUGGAGCUAUCUUCAUGAGAAAGAGGCUUAAGAAGACACCAGAGGACGAUGCUCGAUUUGUUGCAGUCAGUGAUGACAUCCAGCUUCAAGAUUUCCCAACACGACAAACCAACUCGAAUCCCUACUACAGGGACAUCAGAGAAGAACCCGCGUACGAACCCGUGGGAAACCGCUUUGGUUCUCAGUCUCAGAAUCUGUCUGCUGAUGAUCGGGCGGGAAAGCUCCUAGGACAGGAGAAGACACCGACGCCUACCAAGGCGAAGAUGGUGGCACCUACAAGAGACGGUCGCUGCGAAUAUCCAUAUGAGAACAUGCCAGCUGUUUUUCUUGACGAAGUUACAGUAGACUCCAAGGAGAAGAAGAUUGCUGACAAAAAUAUCACCUGUUACGGAGCCGAGUUGAAAAGUAACCGCCCCAAAAAGGGAGCGAUUAUCUACGACACACCUAGGUUCGCUGCACGUUCCAAGCCCAAGCCCCCACCAAGAACCACGAAGCCAGUUAUUACAAAAUCCAUCCAGUCUGCGAUCACACGUGGAGCCUCUGAUGCUAUACCUGUGGACAGGUUUGAGGACUACGUCCGCGCGAAGAAAUCAACGUCUUUUAAGAAUGGUAAUGGCUUCCUAGAGGAUUAUGAGAAAAUGCCUACUCCAGUCAAGCAUCCGUGGUCUGUGGCGAAGAAACAUGCAAACAGAGAGAAAAAUCGCUAUGCAAACAUACUCCCAUAUGACGAGACUCGAGUUGUGCUGGAAACAGUAGCUGAUGACCCCAACUCAGACUACGUGAAUGCUAGUUACAUUAACGGUGUCAAUGAGCCAAGGAAAUACAUUGCAAGUCAAGGUCCUACCAAGGCAUCCGUAGCUGACAUGUGGCGCUUGGUUUGGCAAGAGAACGCAUCCAAGAUCGUCAUGUUGACCAACCUACGGGAGGGCGUCAAGGACAAAUGUGAGAAAUAUUGGCCUGAUGAUAUAACUACUUAUGGUAACAUCACAGUCAGACUGAUGAGCGAGACGACACAUGCUGAUUACGUUAUAAGAGAUUUCACACUCGCAAUUGAGUCGAAGAAACAACUCAAGAAGGUUGUACAGUUCCACUUGACAGCAUGGCCCGCUGAAGGUUUGCCAGAAGACACUAGCAAAGUGAUCAACUUCAUCAAAACCGUCAAGCAGUUCAAGUCUGAGAUGAAUGGACCAAUGGUGGUCCAUUGCAGUACUGGAACCAGUCGAACAGGAUUGUUCAUUACUCUGGACGCCAUGCUACACCAGGCUAAGACAGAAGGCAGAAUGUGUAUCGGGAACUUUACACGCAAUAUGAUAGGCAUGAGGAUGGGAAUGAUACAAUCUGCUACCCACUAUGAAUUCAUCUUUGAUACCCUGUUGGAGGCAUUCAAGCGUGAUGAAACAACCAUCUAGUCGACUCACCAUAAGCAAUGUAAGCGGAGGGCAACUCCCUGCUCCUUAGACCCUCGUGGAUUUUGAUCCCUGAUUCUAAGUACGUGAAUAUACGUGCAUAGCUUCAAUCGCCACCUAGCGGUUACCGUUUAGACUCUACUGACUUAGUGUGAAAAAGGGAAAAUAAAAGCAUGGUUUCAACAAAUUCGUAUGUAGAAAAAAUACUAAAGUAAAAUUUUUCAGUUUUGAAAGAAAACGAAAACAAGUUUAAGAAAUCUUUUAUUGCACUGCGAUAAAUCUUUAGUUGCGCGAGAGUGCCCAUCAUUGCUUUUUAACUAAACAAGCAGCCUAAAGCUAGCAUGCAACUCAGAAUUAAAGUAAAAUGGUACCUUGACAUUUACUCGGAAUGGUUUGAAAGUGUAGGUUAAAAAAAACAAGUUUGUAAAUUUAAGUAGAGCUUCAUGGUUGAAAUAUUUACCCCGAAACAAACACGAAACAUUCUUAACAGUUUCGCUUCGUGGUUAAUUUGUUAUAAAUAAUCGCAUCUUCUUUGAGUGAGACCUGAUUGCUGGAUUUCCAGAAGAGCUUACGUUGCCAGCAUUCUGCCUUGGGGCACAUUGCGGGUUUAUGGCUUCUUACUAGGGCUGGAUAGCUCAAUUGGUAGAGCGCCGGGACGCAUUUUUCCCAAACGACAUCCGUAUGGGGUGUACGCUAUGACGCUUGGUAUUUACUUAUUAAGUGUGAGAAGAAAAUAAAAGCAAACAUGAAUUCGAACUUAAUAAAAUUUGGAUUUUAUUUCCCUGUUUAAAAAAAUCCUCGAAAGCCUGAAAUUAGAAAAGAAAAAAAUAUUCGGGUAAAAAUUAUGAUUUGAACCCAUCCCUCGCGGUACAAAAUAACGAUCCUUUCCAACUGAUCAAUCGAACUGCAAAUCCAGAAAAUUCAUGGUAAUAUAUACCUGCGAACAAAUCAUAAAAAGAAAUUGGGAAAAAAUAACUCGCCGCCCAGACGGUAUUCCGGAGCUCGAAUGGUAGAUACAACUUUUGCUCGAGUCAAUUUCUGACAUCACAAAUUUGCUCAUUUCACACAACAUUUCGUCAGACGCUCAACGUCUGAACCGCAUUGAAAAUGUUACAUUGAAGUACACAGUUUAAUAGGCCAUAUCUUGUUUAGUUUAACAUGUAUUGCUGUAAAUUAAUUUUUCUGUGCCGAUAACGAAUAAGUAUACAUUUAUCCAACGAUAUUUGUUGUUUUUUCGGAAUAUUCUCCAAAUUAUAUUGCACUCAAUAAGACAUUAUAAUGUUCACUUGUUCAAUUCAAAUAUGCAAGAUAUAAGGACAUUUUUAGGAUUUACAAGGUCUAGCAUGCUUUGGUAUGAUAUUUUGAAAAUUUGUCUAAACCUUAAAGUCAUAUAUAGUAUUAUAACCAAGAGCUUUUCGGAAUUGCUUAGUGUGCAGUGCACGGUGUUGCUGUGAUAGUCACGAGUUGUAAGCAGGGUUUAUAAAUGAGACAAUUUGUUCUUAUAAAAGAAAUACUAGAAAUGGUCGCGACAUAUAUCGUGUGCUAGAAACUUGAGCCUGUUGUCUUGCAGAUAUUGGUGUGAUUUUUCUUAUUAAGUUACGGCAAAGAUAUAUCGGUUGUCGAAGAUCAUUUGGUAAUAAAGUCUCAACUUUGUUGAAAAUUGU